AUGCCUAUACACGACCCAGUCCAUGUGCUGGACAACUACUACCUAGCCAUAACAUUCCUCAUAACAGUCGCCUACCAACUCAUUGGCUUCGCCUUCGCCUUCAGCUUCAAGUUCGACAAAUUGACCGACUUCAUGGGCGGUAGCAAUUUCGUCCUUCUGGCCAUCAUCACCCUAGCGAUGGGAGGCUCCACCAACGCCCGCCAGAUCAUCACAUCCCUGAUGAUAAUGCUCUGGGCGGCACGAUUGUCAGGGUUCCUGCUAUUCAGAAUCUUGAAGACCGGCAAAGAUGACCGCUUCGAUGACAAACGCGACAAAUUCUUCCCCUUCCUCGGAUUCUGGGUCUUUCAGAUGUUCUGGGUCUGGACCGUCUCUCUGCCCGUAACACUGUUGAACUCACCCAACAUCCUGCAAUACCGCCAACCCUCCUUCGGCAAAGCGACCGACAUCAUCGCGAUAAUCUUCUUCGUCGCUGCUUUCUCCAUGGAAGCAAUCUCGGACAUUCAGAAGUACCGCUUCAAGCAGGGACCAGGCAAGCAACCUGGCGCGGUCUGUAAUGUGGGCUUCUUCAAGUACAGCCGCCAUCCCAAUUACGCCGGCGAAAUCCUCACGCAGGUUUCGAUCUACAUGAUCGCUGUCACGCCACCAGCCUACGGAACAAUUCCCAAAGGAACAGGCGCGUACGCCGCACUCUACGCUUCAUGCGUGGGCUUCAUCUUCCUCACAGUGCUGCUCAUGUUCGUAUCCGGCUUGACGCUGCAAGAGCGGCCUGGCGCGAAGAAGCGGUACGAGAAAGUGACAGGAUGGCCGGAGUAUGAGAAGUAUCUGCAUGAUACCAGCAUUCUCAUUCCAAUGCCGCCGCAAAUUUGGAGCAGGCUGCCGGUGUUCAUUAAGAGGACAGUGGGACUUGAGUUUUCUAUCUAUGUCUUUGACCCCGCAAAGCAUGCGGACCAGGACAAGGUACAGCAGAAUCAGGCUGAGGAGGGGAGGAACCAGAGUGAGGCCGCAACGAAUGGUGACAGGCAAAGUGGCGAGCCGCUUCGCUGA